AUGGGUACAAGCGACCCCAACUCAUUGGCAAACGGCUUCAACAACAUGCAGUGGCAGUUUUGCCCAACUACAUUUGAGUUGAGAAGGGGACGCAAAUUGGUUGUAGAACAUAUUUUGCCAUUCUACAAAAAGGAGAAAAUCAAUGAGAAGGGUGCUACCGCCCAACUCUGGCAAAUUGAAGUCCUCGAGGAGUUUGUAGGUCCUAAUCUUGCUCGAGCUGUUGCGAAAGAUGGCGACUACAAUGACCCGAAUAAUGACAUUGGCCAGCGGUAUCACUUCGCUAUAAAAACCUUUGACGAAGGUAAACGAGAUCUUUUCGAAAACGAAAAAGAAGCAUUUCUAGCUCUUUGUGACCAUCCAGGCAUGAUACAGUAG